AUGCGAGUAUCGGUGAUCGCUGUGUGGCAUGGCGUUCACAUCAGGAAGCAGGCGUUACGAGUGUGCCUUGUACACAAACAAGAUCGAGUUUCUGACCUCCAUGUCGUGGAAAAGGAGAUGGAAAGAGAAGAAAAAAUGUCCGUGUGCCGCGCGGAGUUUGAGUUUGUGUUUUCAAAAUUGCUUUUGGAAGAACCAAGGCGAAUCCGCCGUUAUAACCGAGCCCGUGCAGACAAGACAAAAAGUCGCGCCUGUCCAACUGCGAAACAGAUUCGCCGUCAGCAACUUCUUGGCAACCAUGUGAUUGUGAUUAUUCUGCAAUAUGCUCUUCAGUGCCAUUAUUUUCGCCUUCCAACGCAGUCGCUUCGGCUCGAGCGCCAGUGUCAAGCUACACUUGUCGUGGGCAUCGUGUCGCGUUCCUUUCCCCCCUUGUGGCAAUGGUGUGAGGUACAACUCGCCUCUCUUCCCACCGGUUCGGCCAUGGGAUUCCGCAUCGACCUUCCCACCCCGCUCUCUCGUCUGCCUAUCGAGGAUAGCGUCUCAUUGGCUGCAUUUCGCCACCCGCUUCUUCGUCCUGUUCCUGCUUUCCUGACUGGGCCGCUCCGCGCCACUUUCUGUUUUCAUGGUUGGUCGUGA